UCGGUCCUCUUCUUCACCACGGUCGCCGCGAGGCACUUCGAAGGGGACCAGUUCACAAGUGUUGACCUCUGUCUGGAAUAGUAAGCGUGGACUCUGCCAAGUUCCGAGUUACCCGGCGCCUCACCUGGCUAGAGCUGGAGAACGCGUCCAGUUGCGGCCACCCGCGUGGAGCGGGACGGGAGCCCAGGGACCGGAGCCCCCUCCAAGGGGGCAGCCUGGAGAGAGCCUGCAGCGUCCGGAGCGAUAAUAUUAAGUGAUUAGAGAAGCAUCUCUGGGAGUCAGCUAAGAUGUCUCGAAGAAGAUUUGAUUGUAGAAGUAUUUCAGGUUUGUUAACUACAACUCCUCAAACUCCAAUGAAAAUGGAAAACUUUAAUAAUUUCUAUACACUUACAUCUAAAGAGCUUGGAAGAGGAAAAUUUGCUGUGGUUAGACAAUGUAUAUCAAAAUCUACUGGCCAAGAAUAUGCUGCAAAAUUUCUGAAGAAGAGAAGACGAGGACAGGACUGUCGAGCAGAGAUUUUGCAUGAGAUUGCUGUUCUUGAAUUGGCAAAGUCCUGUCCCCGUGUGAUUAAUCUUCAUGAGGUCUAUGAAAAUUCAAGUGAGAUCAUAUUGAUAUUAGAAUAUGCUGCGGGUGGAGAAAUUUUUAACCUGUGUUUACCUGAGCUGGCUGAAAUGAUCUCUGAAAAUGAUGUUAUCAGACUCAUUAAACAAAUACUUGAAGGAGUUUAUUAUCUACAUCAGAAUAAUAUUGUACACCUUGAUUUAAAGCCACAGAAUAUAUUAUUGAGCAGCAUAUACCCUCUUGGGGACAUCAAAAUUGUAGAUUUUGGAAUGUCUAGAAAAAUUGGGAAUGCAUGUGAACUUCGGGAGAUCAUGGGAACACCAGAAUACUUAGCACCAGAAAUCUUGAACUACGAUCCCAUUACCACAGCAACAGAUAUGUGGAAUAUUGGUAUAAUAGCAUACAUGUUGUUAACUCAUACAUCACCAUUUGUGGGAGAAGAUAAUCAGGAAACAUAUCUUAAUAUUUCUCAAGUUAAUGUAGAUUAUUCAGAAGAAAUAUUUUCAUCAGUUUCACAGCUGGCCACAGACUUUAUCCAAGGCCUUCUAGUAAAAAAUCCAGAGAAAAGACCAACAGCAGAAUCCUGCCUUUCUCAUUCUUGGCUACAGCAGUGGGACUUUGGAAGCUUGUUUCACCCUGAAGAAACUUCUAGCUCCUCUCAAAUUCAGGAUCUUCCAGUAAGGUCCUCUGAAGAUAAGACUUCUAAAUCCUCUUGUAAUGGAACCUGUGGUAAUCCGGAAGACAAAGAGAAUAUUCCAGAGGAUAGCAGCAUGGUUUCCAAAAGAUUUCGCUUUGAUGACUCUUUGCCCAAUCCCCAUGAACUUGUUCCAGAUUUACUCUGUUAGCACUUUUCUCUUUGACUCAUUUGGAUUGACUUUGAAAUUUGAAAUCAACUCCAUUGUGAGAUGUGCUUUGUAGCUUCAUAUAUGACUGUUUAUAUUGUAAAUUAUCUUUGGCAUAGUAGAAUUUAGGGAAGUGUUUUAAAGGUCUAGUUGCUUGMAUAAUAUCAUUUGUUCCACUGAGAUAACUCCACAGAGAAGGAAAUAUUUAAAUACAUGACAAAAAUAAAAUUUUACAUGUGAGUUCACAUGUUAAUGAAAAGUUCAAGUUCAAGUGAACUUAAAAAUAUUUUACAUAUCA